AUGGCGAGGACUGCGGCGGGCUCCUCGGACCCCAGCCGCAGUACGGCAAUAAGGAAUCAGUAUCAGUUAUUGCUCAAGAAGUUUGAUGCUCUGAAACAAACGGGUUCAGUUGACGACUAUCAGGCAGAGUUUGAGAAAUUGGCACAAGGGAUUCUGUUAUACAACAGUAACUAUGAUGACACUUAUUUCGUGACAAGAGGCAAGGCAGAUGUCACAGUUAAGGAGAAUGAGGACAAGCUAGCUUCUCUCAGGGAAACAAGAAGGAAGAAUGGGUUGUGUUUCAAAUGUGGGGCUAAGUGGGGUCACAAUCACAAGUGUCCUGCUCAGGUGCCACUACAUGUAUUGGAAGAAAUCUUGGAUGCCUUGGAACCUAUGGAAGAUCUUGAUGCUGAAGUACCCACUGAAAUGGAGGAAGAGAUCAUUGCAAUAGUGUCUCAGUCUAGUUCUUUGGAGAAUGUCAGAAGAAGGACUAUGAGGAUCUGUGGCAAUAUUGGCAAACUGAUAAAGAUUCCCAACUUACAAUGGACUGCCCAGGGUCAUACGUUUGUGUCUUCAGUGGGUGUGCUUUCCCUUAGAUGCUUUGACAUGAUAGUAAGGGCUGACUGGCUUGAGGAGCAUAGUCCUAUGUGGGUGCAUUGGGCUAGGAAAAUCAUGAGAUUCACAAUGGCUGGGAAGAGAGUUACCUUGCAAGGGUCGAAUCAUGAUAUAGAACAGUGCCCUGCAGUGUCUGGUAGAGCUCUCAGAGGAUUACUUAACAGACAAGCUGUUACCCAUUGCAUCCAACUGAGAUUGGACCCUACUUCAUAUAUUCAGUUCAAGAAUAUUGUGGCAGUGGCUACUAUUUCAGAUCAGGAGAUGAUACCUCAGGUGGAACAAUUGUUGGAGCAGUAUGAUGAUAUCUUCUAG